AACUUAGUUUCUCCUUCCUGUGAAGUGUGGGUACUUCCGGUUUUUUUGACCCAUUGUUGACGCUCGGUAUUUAUAUCUCCGCAGGUUGCGUUGUGAGUAGAGUUCCUCAGUUUGUUAUCGCUCCUGCAGUGGAAGCAGCAUGUCUCAGGCCCGGGUCACGGACUUCUUCUCCCAGAGAAAGAGCGGCACCGCUCACCCGGGGAAAGCCGCCAAGCCACGCAGCCGAGGCUCCUGUGCUCUCAACACCGGCGUCACCAGCAAACGCACAAGGUCUGUGAAAAAUAAAGAAGCGCCUCUCUGUUCCUCCUCUGUCCACGAAGAGUUUGUCCGAGUUAUCGACGAGGCCGCGGGGCUGAACGAUGGGGAGUCUACCGGCAGCAACGCCGCGACGCGUCCCCCCUCCAGUCCCCGGACACCGAAGAGGACCUCGGCCGACGCACAGUUUGACCUCGGGGCUGCGGUGUUGUCUGCCACCGCCGAUCACAGCACGGCCAAGAAGAAACGACAAGAGCAGGCCGUCAGAGAGGCUGCGGUCCCGGAGAGAACCAAGAGGAGGACGGCCAGGAAGAAGCUGGUUCUGCCUCAGGACUCACCGCAGAAGGCAGCUCAGCCCCCGGCCAGUGAGGUGACCCCACAGCCCCCGUCUCCAGCAGCCUCCGUGUCAGGACACAGUGCUGAGAAGCACACAGUCAGCUGUGGGAACACUGGGGGACAGACCAGCAAGGCUCUUUCUAAAGAAGAUAUUGCGGCCCUCAAGUCUCGCAUUCAGAAGAUCAAGAAACAUGCAGAGGAAAUAACCAGAACAGCUUCAGUUUCCAAUUCCUCGUCUCCAGCUGGCCCAGCACCCAACUGUACGAAACCCAUUGACCCCAAAACCACUACGUCCCCCAUCACUGAUGCAAAGACCGUUGAGCUCACUGUUGCACGAGUCAAACAGCUUGCAGCUAAAGCGCAGAGAAGAAAGGGGGAGAGAGAGGCAGAGGAGAGCGAACAGAGUGAGACAGUAACCCAGGGCAGUGCUGAGCAGCCAGCGUACCAGCGGUACCACACCCUUGCCCAGGCAGCCCCCCCAGGCCUCACCCUGCCAUACCAAUACAAGGUGCUGGCUGAGAUGUUCAGGAGCAUGGACACUGUGGUUGCCAUGCUGCACAACCGCUGUGAGACGGUAACCUUUGCCAAGGUCAAACAAGGAGUUCAGGACAUGAUGCACAAGAGGUUUGAGGAGAGCCACGUUGGUCAAAUAAAGACAGUGGUUCCUGAAGCCUACACAUUCAGACAAGAGAAGAACAUCCCAACCUUCAACAGCAGCAUUAAGAAGGGCAGCUACCAGCUCACUGUGGAGCCUGUCAUUCUCUCUGAUCAAAAUGAAGCGCGUCCUGUCCUGUCAGCCUCUCGUCUCCUGGAGAGAAGACACAUUUUCCACUGGAAUCUGGUUGACAUUGUCAAACAGCACCACAAGGAGUUCCUGUCUUCGAUUGUACCUCCAGUGUCUGUCCCAGAAGACAAACUGACCCGCUGGCACCCUCGCUUCAAUGUGGACACUGUCCCAGCCAUCCUAACGAGCGCUCUGCCUCAGCCUCCUCAUACCGAGAGACUAGCCACAGCUCAGGAGGUGCUGGAUAAGGCCCGCUCACUCAUCACACCCAAGAUGGAGAAGGCUCUAGUAUCUCUCUCUCUGAAGACAGAAGAUAAAGCUGUAGAGAAAGACCCAGCACCCCCUCCGACACCAGCUCCAUCUGCUGCUCAGGUCCCAACUGCCCUGAAAGGAGUGUCUCAGUCCCUGCUGGACAGGAUUCGAGCAAAGGAGGCCCAGAAACUCCAAGCAACCAUGACCCGAAACCCUUCCCAGGAGGAGCGUCUGGUGAUGAUGUCACGCCUCGGGGAGCUGGCAAGGCUUCUGCGGAUGGUUUUCGUGUCAGAGAAGAAACAGGCUUUAAUCAUGGAGGUGGCCUGUAAUAGGAUGGUGGCCAGCUACAGGUCAGCUCUCAGCACAGGUGAAAUGGAGAAGCAUAUUCGUCUGCUGGCAGAAGUUGCUGCUGAUUGGCUGACUAUCCAUCCAAUCAGGAAGGACUUCUACCUGAAGUUGAACAAGAACAUGGAGCUCAGCUUGGUUCUGGACAAACUGAACAGAAGACUGAGUGAGGAGGAGAGACUCUGAGAGACUUCACAUUCAGGCUGAAGUGUUGUGAGCCAACUACUUUCAUGUGCCAGGUGAUUAACAUGUUCAGCAGUGUGUUUUGUGCUGAUUUCAGGCUGUUGGUAUAAAAAGAUUCAGAGUGCUCUAUGCAAAGUUCACCAGUGCUUCCUAAUAACCUGGAGUCACACUGGACUGACCAGACUUGGUCUUUGUAUACUCUAUAAGCUCCUGUGUUGUAAACAGGCUGUUUUAACCACACUUGUGUUUUUUUGUUUUGUUUUUUUUUUCUUGAUGAAAGUAUAAUAUCAAUGCGCACAGAUCUGCAUCCAGUCUUUGUUGGGAUCAGUUUUCUAGAAAGAACAACUGAGUGUUUACAUUUUUAAAUUGCUGUUUGAUAAUGUUGAAAUAAUACAAAGGUUUGUCAAAAUUGUACUGUCUCC